UAAAUGUGCAUCUCUCCGUACGUACGUACCUGUACUACUGUAGCUAGCUAGUGAGCUAGCGAGCCCUUUACAAGCGUUCGUACGCGGUGACUGAGCUAGCUAAAGUGGACUGCAAGUUGCUCUGGAAGCUACUGGUCCCAAGAAAUAGCCAAGCAAACAGAAACUGGUGCAAACAGUCCUCAGGAAAUCAGUACAGCCCACACACUAGUGAAAUAUGGGGAAGACCACUGAGCUAAUGCAGCUGCUCAAGACGGGCAACUCAGAUGCUGCUAGAAAGCUGAUUGCCAAGAUGAAGAAAUCAGGUAAGAAGAAGCAGUUGACGAAGGAACUCAUUGUCCCUGACGAGUCUGCACACGGGCAAACUGUGAUGCACUACUGCGCUGCUCUCAACUUUGUGGAGUUUAUCCAUGAACUGGCUGACCUGGGCGCUCCUAUAGACUCACUGGACGAAAGAGGGUUCACUCCGCUGCACCUUGCGGCAGGGUCUGGGCGUACCAGUGCUGUGCAGGCUCUGCUGGGGAAGGGGGGAGAUCCCAACGUGGCCAGUCACAAUGGCGACACACCUCUCCACCUGGCCUGCUCUGGAGGGCACACAUCCACUGUGGAGGCUCUGAUAGCCAGUCAAGCUAAUGCCACAGGGUUCAACGUGUCUGGCCACACCCCCCUGGACCUGGCCUCGGAGCAUGGUCAUGCUAAUGCGGUGACAAUGCUGCUACGCUCUGGCCAGUUCUCACAGUCGUACCUCCAGAGGUCAGACAUACCUCACACCGCCCUCAUCCUCGCCGCCAAGUCAGGGCACAACGAAGUCAUCGGGAUACUUGUCAAGCACGGGUUCGAUGUCAACAGGAAGCUACCUGGCGCUAACGGCAACUCGUUCCAUGAGGCAGCUCUGUACGGCAAGGUGGAGACUGUCAAGUACUUGCUCUUGCUUGGUGCAGACGUGCAGGCUGUCAAUCACCAGGGCCUCACUGCUCUCGAUAUAGUCAACAUGUACACUGACCCACGAUCAGCUGGUCUCAUGAAACAAGUGCUCCAGGACGCUCUGGCACAACUGGCUAGAGUAAGGAUCUCUCAGCAGGCACAACCCUCACACCCUCACCAAGGGCACACGGCUCACCAGCCUUCCCAGGGCCACGCCGCUCACCAAGGGCACACGGCUCACCAACCUCCCCAAGGUCACGCCCCUCACCAAGGGCACACGGCUCACCAACCUCCCCAAGGUCACGCCCCUCACCAAGGGCACACGGCUCACAGUGGUUACCCAGCACAUGCCCAACAGAGACCACCGUCACAAGAGACCCACUAUCAGCAGCCGAAUCCACGUCCACAACAGCCUCAGGCCACCCACCAACCUCCCACUGGCCCCUCCCCCACACCAGCCGGACCUGUUGGUUUCUCAUACAUCAUGCCGGGGAUGAUCAAACCGAGGACGAAGAGUGAACCUGUUGUUGAACCUCACGCCAACCCCUCUCCUCAACUAAGCCACGCCCAUCAACAGCAGCACGGACAAACUGGCCACCACUCUCAGUCUCAAGCUCAUGCUGCCUACUCCCAGGAGCGGUCCCAGUCCAUACAGCCCCAGCCCCAACCCCAUUCCAACUCUUCGUACGGCCAGCCUCGUUCCCAUGCAGGACACUCUGGAAUGACACAGAGGUCCCAGUCCAUUCAGGUUCAGCCAUCAUACGAGCAGCAGAGGGCAGCCCAACAACUGCAGCAGCAACAGCAGCAGCAGUACAAUCAGGGGCAGUACAGUCAGCAACAGCAACCACAGUACGCCCAACCCCAGCCCCAGUCUCAACACCAACAGCAGCAGUAUAACCAGCAGCAACAGCAACAGUAUAACCAGCAGCAGCAGCAGGCUCAGGGCACACCUGGUGUAGCACACCAUGAUGUGGGUGGGGCUACUCCGCCCAUGGACCUGGCCUCUCAGAUCCAAGCCAAGCUGGCUGCACGGAAACCCAUGACCACCUCACCCACUCAGAAGGACUUCCCAACAGGUGGUGACGAACCAUUCAGACGCAGCAACACGAUGUCCUCACAAACCUCUAUGGGCGAGAUCAGACAAGCAGUUCUCAGAAGGAGGGGGAGUAUGACAGACCGCUCAUCAAGUUCCCCUGAUCGAGAGGGGUACGAUCGCAGCAACCCCCCCACUCUGCCUCGUCGUGGCCCUGCUGGCCCCCCUGCAUUCACACCAGUACCCCCCAUUCAGACUGCCACUCUAGAUCGUCCCAGACGCAAACCUACACCUAAGCCCCUCCCUCCUCCAGAACCAGAGGCAGAAAAUGAACUAUUGAAGAAGCUUAUGAGGAGACAAAAUCGAAUACAGAAGGCAGAGGAGGAAGGAGUGGAGUCUCUGGAACCUAAGAUCGAUGAGCCGAUAGAUAGCGAGCCCCCCAAACCAGCUGCAGUUGUUGGACCACCCCCCAUUCCAGAGAGAAAGACACCAGCAUUGAGUUCUGAAGUGAAAGAGCUUAGUCCGCCCCCACCACCUCCACAAACGCCCCCUCCAUCCUCACACGCAUCACCACCCUCACGAGCUCCACCACCCUCACAGCCGCCCGCUGAAGAGUCCAAGAUCAUUGAUAUUCCAAAAGUGAAGUCUAAGCCUCGAGCUAAACCACCACCCACAAAGCCAAAGAAAGAAGAGCCGGAAGUGCCACCAUGGCAAUUAGAGUUACAAAAAAAGAAAGAAAAGCGAGCUUCAGAAUCGAUUGAGUUAGCCAAGUCCAUGAUGGUUGAGACAGAUGAACAGAAGGAAGUACCACUGGCAAAGGAGGUCUCCCCUUCACACUUCCCCAUCCCCCCGUCUCCUGUGAAGAUGUUGACACCUCCUCCAGAGCCAGCUCCCCCACCACCCUCACAGCAACCACCCUCUCUGCAACCUGUGCUGCCCCCUCCGGCUGAAAAUCAAUACGAGAUACCUCCUCCACGAGUGGCCACGAAGAAGAAGCCGUCACCGACUGCUCGUAGAAAGAUAGAGUCCAAGCCUCCCAUCCCACCCCCCACAGAGGAGCCUAGACCACCCCCUGCUGAGCUGCUUCCUCCCCCACCCACAGCAAGUCUACCCCCUGCUGUGAUGCCGCCUCCCCCAUCCAUGGCAAGUCUACCCCCUGCUGUGAUGCCGCCUCCCCCACCCACGGCAAGUCUACCCCCUGCUGGGAUGCCGCCUCCCCCACCCACGGCAAGUCUACCCCCUGCUGUGAUGCCUCAAACCCUGCCCCUGUCAACUACACAAACAGUGUCACAAUCGGGCCAACCAGGGACCCCCUCCAGUGAAAUGUCUAGAAGCACCAGUCUUUCGUCUAUUCCUGCCACUGGAUCGCUGCUACAAAUCUCGGAUCCCAUCCCGAUAGGUGAUUGGUUAUCCAGCUACAAGCUAGCAGCCUAUCUCCCCGUGUUUGAAGAGGCAGGCUACGACACGACCGACUUCCUCACUGGCAUUACAACUGAUGAGCUCACAGAGAUAGGAGUGUCCAAGCCAGGACACAGGAAGAAGCUGAUGACAGCUCUCUCCACUGUGCAUCACAAGGAGCACCUCCUGCUGGAAAAACCAGCGAGUGUGAGGGUGUGGCUAACUAGCAUGGGGCUGGUACAGUAUGAGGAAGUCUUGGUAGAGGCAGGAUAUGACGAUAUUGACUUUAUAUCCGACAUCUCCGGUGACGAGUUACAAGACAUUGGGAUCACCAAAAAUGGGCAUUUGAAGCGGUUCAUGCGUGGAAUUGCUGAGCUGGUUGAAGUGAGCAAGAGUGCCCCGCCCACUCCCUCCCCGAUCCCUCGUUUGCAGCACGUCAACGGACUUGCCACGCCCCCCACUGGCGGGACCAUCGCCACUUUCCCCGAGGACAACAAGACACCUGAACCACAAGAUGAUGAUGUUACUAUUAUCGCACCACCAGUAGGUUUCGAUGAAGCCGACUUGAUGAACCAAAUCGCUAACAACUUACAACCUCCCGUUGCUGUUAAGUCUAAACGAUUCUCACAAGACGAAGCUGUCUUGACCUCUGACCCCUCGCGGGCGCGGGCGUACUCGGGUGAGCGUGAGGGUAGUGUGCCUAGUGACGGGGGCGGGGGUUACAACAGGAUGCGACAGCUAUUGGAACAACAGAUGGGAUCGAGUCGUUCCACAGAGAGCUUGGAGAUGAGUGUGGGGAGUGAGUCGAGUGACGUCGUCAAGAACAACAGUCGAUCACCAUCACAUAGUCCCAGGGUGGCACGCAAACCCAAGGCUCCUCCCCCUGCCCCCAAGCGUUCGUCCCAGACCCAGCUGUCAUUGGCCAGUCUCUCCUCCUCCACAUCCUCCCUCUCCUCCACCUCUGAUAAACACGACAAGAGAGCCUCUGCUGACGUAGGGCUACUCAUGGAGUCUCCACCCAAGGUACCUCAGAAGACCAGAAGAUCCACUGUGGAAGUGUCUCAAGUGCGUAUGGGUGGUGGUGGUGUGGACAUGACUGACUCAGGAGGUAACCAUUCCUCCAUGGCCGCCAUGAAGAACAGCUUCUCUGUGGAGGACAUAACAGCUGCCCUCGAUGACAUGGUCUCCGGGGACGAGUUCCUUGCCGAUGAUCUACCUCCUGUGAGGAAUGUACCUCGUGAGCCUGUGAGGAGUGAGCCUGUGAAGAGUGAUGGGGCGGGAGGUAAUGCAACUUCAUCGAUAAAGAACAUGGUCAGCGCAGACAGAGAACUAGACGUUCUGUCCCGAGUACUGCAAGGAUUCGAUGCAUCCGCUGAUGACAACGAUUCUGGUGAGGCCGACCAGCUGCUGGCUGACAUUGAUGACAUGCUCGCUGAUCUGAACUCGCAUCUAGAUUUUAUUACACCAGACGAUGAUGGAACUGAUGUUUAACUCAAAUAGCAUUAAUAAUCAGGAAUUAAUUUCGCAAUUUAAUCAGAUAUGUUUAUUUGUUUGUAUAUAGUUAUAUGAUCUUGUUUGUGUGUUUUUUGUUGUAGCAGUUGCACAUGAUUGUUUACUGGGUA